GCUAUAUAGUAAUGUUAGAAUUUCGUUGUCUAAAACUAUGCUAUAUACUAUUCAUUAUAUGUACGUAAAGAUUCCAAGGAAAAAAGGAGUCACAUUUUCAAGGAGUUCAUGCCUUUUGAAGGGAAGGUGCUUAAACUUAAACUCAUUGCUGGGUGAUAAGUAUUUUUCCUUGUAACGUAACAAAAAUGCUUUUUGAAAUAUCAUUUUAUUCCUCUUUGUAUAAUUUGUUUCUGAAUAAACCGUCACCAACAUAUUAUGAUCACCCUUUGAUCGCAAUAUUGACCAUAUCGACAUUUUUUUAUUUACUUCUAUUACAAUAAAAAUAUUAAGUUCAAAUUGGUUAAAAUUAAAUUUAUUGAAAGCGGAAAAAUGAAAACUUGAAAAAUAUUACUUGGCAACCUGAAUGACCCAUGCGUAGAAAGAGACAGCUCUUUAUUGUUUAUUCCCAUGUGGUGUUGAAAAAUGGACGCGCACAUGAUCCUGUGAAGUUUAAAAAAUGUUUUCUUUACGUAUUAUUGUGCGUUGAACAUUAAGAAUAGAAGUAAACGUGUUCAAGUUUUAAGUGACAAUGACAGAAAUGCCUCCUUAUCUUGCUGUUAAAGAUGAGGAGAAAAAUAGUGGGCAGACAGAUAGUGAGUGUUCGGACUCUGAAGACGAUUUGCCUCUAAGUUUUGAUAAACCUAGACACAUUGAACCUAUUAAAGGUGCAGAACGCGAAGAGCACUCUUGGAGAGUUAAAGAAAAGUACAAGACACACUGUGUAGCGCUGGUCCUGUGCCUCAAUGUGGGUGUGGAUCCUCCUGAUGUGGUGAAGACUCAGCCCUGUGCCAGACUCGAAUGUUGGAUAGAUCCCAACUCACUGUCCCCGGGUAAGGCACUGGAGAGUAUCGGGCAUGCGCUGCAGUCACAGUACGAGCGCUGGCAGCCGCGCGCGCGAUACAAGCAGUCCCUUGACCCCACUAGUGAUGAGAUCAAGAAGCUAUGCUGCUCGUUGCGCCGCAACGCCAAGGAUGAACGAGUUCUGUUCCAUUACAAUGGACAUGGAGUGCCCAAGCCCACUAACCAGGGCGAGAUAUGGGUCUUCAACAGGGCGUACACUCAGUACAUCCCGCUGUCGAUGUACGACCUGCAGACGUGGAUGGGCGCGCCCUCCCUCUACGUCUACGACUGCUCCAACGCCGGCAUCAUCGUCGAUAACUUCAAGCAGUUCGCUGAACAACACGAACGCGAUUAUGAGAUGCAGGCGUCCAGCGGGCGCGAUACGGCCGCGGCGGUGUCGUACCGCAACUGCAUCCAGCUGGGCGCGUGCGCUGCCGGCCAGACGCUGCCCAUGAGCCCCGAGCUGCCCGCGGACCUGUUCACCGCCUGCCUCACCACCCCCGUAAAGAUGGCCAUGAAGUGGUUCGUGUUGCGCAGCCGCGUGCGCGUCGCCACGCACGACCUGCUCGACCUCAUAGACAAGAUCCCGGGGCAGGUGAGCGACCGGCGCACUAUGCUGGGCGAGCUCAACUGGAUCUUCACGGCGAUCACGGACACGAUAGCGUGGAGCUCGCUGCCGCCGGACCUCUUCCAGCAGCUCUUCCGAGCCGACCUGCUCACCGCCAGCCUCUGCAGAAACUUCCUGCUCGCCGACAGGAUCAUGAGAUCGUACAACUGCACGCCGGUGUCGUCCCCGGCGCUGCCCUCGCUGGCGGCGCACCCGCUGUGGGCGGGCUGGGAGCACACGCUGGACCUGGCGCUGGCGCAGCUGCCCGCGCUGCUGGCCGACCGCCCGCCCGACUACUGCCACUCGCCCUUCUUCCGCGACCAGCUCACCGCCUUCCAAGUCUGGCUCGACCUCGGCAAGUGGUCUGCGUGCCGACCGCCGCCGGACCAGCUGCCGAUGGUGCUGCAGGUGCUGCUGAGCACGCUGCACCGCGUGCGCGCGCUGCAGAUCCUGUGCCGCUUCCUGGCGCUGGGCGCGUGGGCGGUGCGCGCCGUGCUCGCCGUCGGCAUCUUCCCCUACAUGCUCAAGCUGCUGCAGGCCUCCGCACACGACCUCCGCGCCUCCAUGGUCUACAUCUGGGCCAAGAUCAUCGCCGUGGACCCGAGCUGUCAAGUGGAUUUGGUGAACGCGAAAGGUCACAAAUACUUCCUGUCGAUACUACAGGAUCCAUCUGUGGAUAGCGAGCACCGCACGCUCGCGGCGUUCGUGUUGGCCGGCAUCGUGGACAACUACCCCGCCGGCCAGGAGGCGGCGCUGCAGGGUUCGAUGAUAUCGCUGUGCCUGGAGCAGCUGACGGACGGCAGCGCGCGGCUGCGGCAGUGGGCGUGCGUGGGGCUGGGCCGGCUGUGGCGCAACUACGACGCGGCGCGCUGGGCCGGCGUGCGCGACCUGGCGCACGAGAAGCUGUACGCGCUGCUGCACCACCCGCAGCCCGAGGUGCGCGCCGCCUGCGCCUUCGCCCUCGGCACCUUCGUGGCGGCGGGCGGGUGCGCCGGCCGCACCGAGCACGCCAACGCGCUCGACCAGCAGGUGGGCGUGCAGCUGGCCGCGCGCCUGCCGCCCGACGCCUCCCCCCUCGUGCGCGCAGAGCUGCUCGCCGCUCUCCAGUGGCUGGUUUUAAUAUUCGAACAACAUUUCAUCGCCGUUUAUAUACAAGAAAGGAUGAGGAGAAGUACCAAAGAUUCGCGAGUGGGCGGGGCCGGGGGCGGGGGCGGGCGCGUGGAGGCGGGGCAGGACGCGCUGGCGGCCGCUCGUGCGCCGCUCCCCGCGCGACACGCCCACGCUGCGCUCGCGCUGCCCGCGUACGGGUUCGGUUCGGUGUACAUGAAGCUGUGGAGCGCGCUGUGCGGCAUGGCCAAGGAGCCGCACCCCCAGGUCUCGCAGAUGGCCACCGACAUCAUCAACUACAUCUCCAACCAGGUGGAUAACGUGAGUCGCGAAGCGGAGGCGGUGCGCAGCAGCAGCGGCAGCGGUUCCAGCUCGCUGCCCCCCUCGCCCAAUACGCGGCCCGCCGCCUUCGCGCACGCCCCGCACUCGCCGCACUCGCCCCACCCCGACACGCGCACGCUGCCCACCAUGGGUCACCGCCGCGGCAAGUCCGGCCUGCCGCACACCAUAUCCGAGGACUCGGUGGCGCACCGAGACCGCGACUCCACCUCCUCCAACUCUAGUCAAAGUACAAAGAAGGCAAUAGUAAGCACGGAGUUCGUGGAGUGGGCGACGGCGCAGUUCGCUCGCGGCGAGGGGGGCGAGGGCGGCGAGGGCGAGGCGGGUGGUGCGGGGGGCGGGGACGCUGACUCCGAGAGCCGCGCACACCACGAGCGCGUGUGGCGGCGCGCGCGCAACCGCAGCCUGCGCCGCGACGCGAGAGCACUGCGCGCGGGCCUGGCGGGGCGCGGCGCGCGGCUCGAGACGCAGACCUUCCACUCGCGCUGUCCGCUGCCGCCCGCCGUCGUGCUCUUCCACCCCUACGAGCAGCACCUCGCCGUCGCCUUCAAGGACACCUUCGGCAUCUGGGACUGGGGCACGGCGGCCAAGAUCUGCGUGGGGUCGUGGCGGCGCACGUGGGGCCGCAUCACGGCGCUCGCCUACCUGAACGCGCACGAGCGCGCGCUGCUCGCCGUCGCCUCGCACACCGGCAACCUCGCCGUCUACAGGCCCUCGGAGAACGGCAGCGGCAGCGCGCCGGCGCUGGCGGCGGCCUGGCGCGCGCUGCCCGUGCGACCCGCCGCUGACUACCGCCCGCCCCCCGCACAGCCCCUCUACAGUCUAGCGCAGCUGGUGUCGGAGCAGUUCAUCAGCGCGGAGGAGCGGCAGGCGGCCGCCAAGGCUCGCCACUCCGACCCCAACCUGUCGGUGGGUAUGGGCGGCAUGGGCGGGGCGGGGGGCGCGAGCGGGGCGGCAGGCACCAGCGCCGGCCCGCCCGCCGUGCUGCUGCGCUGGAGCGAGACGCGCCGCUCGCUGGCGCUGGCCGGCCUCUGCGGCACCGUGCGUCUCUGGGACGCCGACGCCGAGAUGCUCAGCUGCGACAUCGGCACGGAGACGGAGGCGGCGGCGACGUCGCUGUGGCGCGGGCCGCUGCUGACGUGCGGGUUCGCGGACGGGGCGGUGCGCGCGUGGGACGAGCGCGCGCCCGCCGAGCCCGUCUUCACGCUGCACGACCACGCCGCGCCCGUGCUGUGCGCGGCGCACCGCGCGCACCAGCCCCACACGCUGCUCACCGGAUGUGCGGAGGGCGUGGUCCGCGUGUACGACACGCGCAAGCUGGCGGCGCGGGAGGUGGUGCGCGCGCCCGGCCCGCUCGCCGCGCUCGACCUGCACCCGCUCUGCAACCUGCUCGCCUGCGGCUCCGUGAACCAGUGCAUCAGCAUCUACGACCUGAAGGGCACGCCGCUCAACACCAUCAAGUUCCACGAGGGGUUCAUGGGGGCCCGCAUCGGCCCCGUCUCCUGCCUCACAUUUCACCCUCUAAGAUGCGCGCUGGGCGUGGGCGCCAAGGACUCCACGGUGUCGGUGUACGUGUCGGAGCCGCGCCGGUGACCCUCGCUCUACAGCCUCGCGCUGCCGCUGCACUUCCAGUGAGCUGCGCGCAGCACGCCGCACGCCCACCACCCACACCACGCCCACCACACCGCGGUUCCAGUCGGCAAAGAGGAGCGAGUCUGUUGUCGUGCAGGCGCGGCGGCUCCCGGCCCGAAUUACUGCAACCUAGUGCUUCGUUCCCUUUCUAAUUAGUUUCCAUUGAAGUGCGGGCGCAGCGUCCUCUCGUCCCAAAAGACAUCUCCACCGUUGUAUUGCUACCCUCAUUAUGAAAUUAAAGUAGAAUUAAUAGCGAAUUAUCGAUAUUUUUUACGAUAUUUAUGUUCAUUUGCCUUCGCUAUAUUUUUCUACAAAAUGUAAAUAGUAAAUCUGUUAUUUUUGCAAUAUACUAAUAAGUAAAACUGGAUGAAUGCAGUUCAAUCCCACCGAUGAGGUGUGUGUGUGUGUGUGUGUGGUGCAGUGGGCGGGGCAGGGGGCGGGGCGACAUUUGGUGCUAAAGUUAGGUAGAUAUGUGAUUAGUUGCGUGUGCAGCAGAGCAGAGCAGAGCCGCCGCCGCAUCGGCGAGUGUUCAAGUGGCAGCCGAGCUCUUCUAGUGUACGCUUUACAGUAACUACCGUGCUCGCUCGAGUUUCACGUGGUGAUGCGCCGACGCUCGGACCAUUUUAUUUAUAUUACUUACUGUGUAGGUAUGAAUAAUCGUGCGACGUAAAUAUGUAUCUAUGUUUAACACAUAUAAGUAAGUACCGGCCGUGCGAGCGGGCGGAGGCGCCUCCACGGAUCUAGUUGCCUCGCUUUAGUUCGCAGAGGACGUCGCCUGUAAAUAGCGACUAUAUAUUAGUUAGGAGCUAUUUUAUAUCAUGAAAUGCAAUACAAUUUCAGUUAUUAAGUAAGUACGCAGAAUAAUUGUGUCGGUAAACGUCCGAAGUUAAUAUUAUUGUAAUGAGAUUCGGUCCGGUCUCCAGAACGGCGCGCCACCAGCAGCCACGUGUUCAAGUGGUGCUACCCCGCACCGGCAGCGGGGGACGCAUUUCAUGUCUACCAUACACAAACGAAAGUGUUUAUGUAUUUAAGCCCCAUUUCUCUCUAUGCAAGUAACUAGGAAACAAUAUUAUGUACAAAAAAAUUAACAAACAAGUUGUAUUAUCAACUUGCCAGUAGAGUCCGAGAGAUUCGACGACCGAAUCGUAAAUCAGGCGAAGUUGUGGCCACGUGAGUCCUGUCUUGGUCUCUGUGGUGUGUGCAGGGCCAUAAGGGUCUGAUACCCUCGGAUCUGAUCACUGCGCAUGCGUCGACCACUUUGUUUUAUCUAAAAUAUCCGUAUUUUGAGUUCUUCAGUUCGGCAGAAGAGGUUUUGUGAUUAUGUGAUUUUACAGAAAGUUCCUAAGACUUAAUUAUUACUAAAUAGAUGCCAUUUUUUUAUAUUAAACAAUAAGUUGUAAGAUUUCGUUAACUACGUAAUAAUUGACGUUAUCGUGUUCUUUUACAUUAGAAUAGACAAACAAGAUACACAUGUGGUGUUCAUAAAUGUUAGUCUUUAUUUUUAGUUUGUAUGUUAAGUCUGCCGAGUGAGCCAGUAACAUUAAAAUUAGGAUACAGUUUUAUACGCAGCUGCUGAGCAUUUAAUGUUUACUCAUCAUAAGACAAGCGAUUUGAACAAAAGUAUAACAUCGGCUGCACGGCCGGAGGCGGCGAGGACACACCUCUCUCACAAGUUGGUUCUUCAAUCAAAACAUUGAAUGUUGUAUAAAGUUAUAGCUUUUUGUCUAUGAAAUGAUUGAUUUAUCAUCGCUUUUACAUAUUGUGUAAUUUAAUUGUACAUUAUUGUUGUUGUUGAAAUAAAACAUGGUACAUAACAA